CUGCUGGUGCAUAUGGCGAGGCUGCCAUACUUCUUCGAAAGGCUCAUAUACCACUCAGUGGGAAUAUGCUUCGACUCACUGCUGUUCGAGAUGACGUUCAUGCCAAUCCAGGCAAUCACAACAACAUCGCACUUCAUCACUAAAUUCGGACUAUACAUAGCACGGGAAGUUAAGUACCUAGUAAAGAAUGAAAUAUAUAAGCCAACAAUUAGCAUAAGCGAGAAAUCGUUUAAAGACGCUCGGAGUAAAGGCGGAGAGUCGAGCGGAGCCCAGGGAACCGAAAGCCAGGUGACGCUGACGGAGAUCUGCGGCUGCGUCAGAUUCUUGGUGCUGGUGGCGACAAUAUACAUCUUCUCGCACAUCGACACGUCGAAGGUGUACCACAACAUCAAGGGGCAGCCGCUGAUGAAGCUGUACGUGAUAUUCAACAUGCUGGAGAUAUGCGAAAGGCUGUGCAGGUCCUUCAGCAGAGACAUCAUGGACAGCCUGGUGAGAACCACAAUCAAAAUCUUCUUCCACCACUUCCCGGAAGAAACGAGCAGCAACAGCACAAAUAACAUGGAGGCGUUCGGAGGUGGAGACGAGUACGGAGACUGGGACUUUAAAACGGCUAAAAACGCGAAUUCAAGCAAGUUGGAAGUGACGGAGGCAGUAAAGAGCACGUUCAACCAGAUAAAGGACCUGGUGAAGUCAGUGUCCUCAAAAUACGACGAAGACAGAAAGGGCAGGUCCAUACUGAACAGCUGCAGGAAGUACAGCGACAGCUUUAACAUAUACUACAAGUUCGCGUUCCUGUACGUGUCGGUGGUGGCGACAAUCUCCUUCCACUCGUUCCUGCACCUGGUCCGCGUGCUGAGCCUGAACAUAGCGAUCAACUCGCCGGAGUCGACAAUGUUCCUGCUGCUCAUCACAAACAACUUCUCGGAAAUCAAGUCGACGGUGUUCAAAAAGUACGACGCAGUGUCGCUGUUCGUGAUAUUUGCCUCGGACGCAGUGGAGCGCUGCUAUCUGUUCUGCGACGGCCUCCUGGUGAUCUUGAAGAUGUCGACGUCCAAAAGGCACCUCAGGUCGUACAUAACAGUGCUAAGUUGGCUCGUGGUAAUCUACGGGCUGGAGGUGCUGAUAGACCUGCUGAAGCACGGGUACCUGAUCAAGUUCAACAAAAUCAGGUCUGAAACGUUCGAGAAGUACAACUCCACGCUGGUGAUUGACACGCUCCUGUCGCGGGCAGUGUACAACGUGGAGAGGCUGACGUUGUCGAGGUUCGAAGUGCCAUGCAAAGGGUCCUUUUCGUUCUCCCACAUUUCCUCGAGGCGCCUAGGCUUCAUAUCGUCGCCGAUCGUGACACUGAUCGUGUGCAGCUUGCCAAAACUCGGGUUCCACCUCUCAAUCAAGACGUUCACGAUAUCUCUGCUGAUUUGGCUGUCGUUGCUGCUGAUGAAGAUAUCAAUAUCGAUACUGUUAACUGCCUACAGCAUUGAGAAGAGGGAGGAAAUAUAUGUGCUGGACCCCUCGUUCUACAGAAUAGGGGCGCUCUGA